AUGGCACUGCGUAGGAAGCUAGUUAUCAUCGGAGAUGGUGCGUGCGGAAAGACGAGUCUACUGAGCGUCUUCACACUAGGCUACUUCCCCACGGUCCCUACAGUUUUCGAAAACUACGUGACCGACUGCCGUGUGGACGGUAAAUCAGUACAGCUCGCGCUAUGGGACACGGCUGGACAGGAAGACUACGAACGCCUACGGCCGCUCGCGUACUCGAAGGCACACGUGAUCCUCAUCGGCUUCUCCGUCGACACUCCCGACUCGCUCGAGAACGUCAAGCACAAGUGGGCGGAAGAAGCGCGUGAGCGCUGCCCGGGCGUGCCCAUUAUCCUUGUCGGCUUGAAGAAAGACCUAAGAGACGAUCCGGCCGCGCAGGAGGAGAUGAGGAAGAAGAGCUUGAGAUUUACCAGCGUCAAGCAAGGGAACGACAUGAAGGAAGAGAUCGGAGCGAGGAAGUACCUCGAGUGCUCUUCGCUUACGGGCGACGGUGUCGACGACGUCUUUGAGGCUGCCACGAGGGCAGCUUUGCUUGCACAAGACAAACAGGAGGGCGGUGGCUGCUGCGUCAUCUUAUGA